GAGCGCAGCAUACCCCAAGCAGGAAAAAAAACCUAACAUAGAACAACUUGUAGAAGUCAGCAUUUGAGAGCUCUGAAGAACCAUAACAACAAACUCAGCACAUCGUUAUGGCAUCUGAUCAGCCUUCUUUACCUCCAGGUGACCCUGUUUGCCCAGGGUGUCAGGCCGAGGGGUCACUCCUGCUUCCCUGUGGACACAGCUUAUGCCGGUCUUGCUUACACUUAAGCCAGCUUGAGCUAGGACAUGAGCAACAAAAAUGCACUGAGUGUUAUGGACGAGAGCUGAUCGACAACGUCCUCAAAGACCUGUUUGACUCCAUAUUUCAGGGUCAACCUCGGCGGGACAGGACCCAAGCAGACCUGGGGCUAGGCUUCUACGGGGUGAACAAUGCCAGGGCUGAAGGUGGUAAGGUAUGUGCUAGGCAUGGCGACAGCUUGACUCUGUUCUGCAUGGAGGAUGAACAACUGAUCUGCAGUCAGUGCCAGGAAGAAGACCACAAAGUUCAUGAUUUUAAUAGUAUAGAGGAAGCAGCUGAGGAGUGCAAGAGAGAGCUGAGGUUUGCAUUGAGGCCUUUAAAGGAGAAGAUGGAAAGCCUAAACACAGCCAGACAACUCUGCCAGGACACAGCAGAUCACAUCAGGAGGCAGACUCAGCAAACAGUGCGGCUUAUAAGGGCUGACUUUGAGAAGCUGCAGCAGUUCCUUCGGGAUGAGGAGGCAUCUAUGCUUACAGCUCUGAAAGAGGAAGAGGAGCAGAAGAGUCGCAAAAUAAAAGGAAAGAUAGAGAGACUAACGGAGGAGAUUACAUCGCUGACUGAAACCAUUAACUCCACUGAGGAGGCCAUUGCUUUAGAAGAUUUUGAAUUCCUAAAGAACUAUAAGAAGGCAUCUGAAUGUUACAGAGUAGAAUGCACACCGCAGGAGCUUAAAGAGAUAAGUGGAUCUCUGAUUGAUGUGGCCAAACACCUGAGCUGCCUCAGAUUCAGAGUCUGGGAGAAAAUGCAAACUGUUGUCACAUUUACUCCAGUGACCCUUGACCCCAACACAGCAGACGCGUGCCUCUCUGUAUCUGAUGACCUCACUGUUCUGCGCUACACAGAUGAAGAGCAGCAGGUACCUGAUAACCCAGAGCGCUUCUGCUACUAUGAGUGUGUCCUGGGGUCUGAAGCCUUGGGGACAGGGCGCCACAGCUGGGACGUGGAGGUAGGUGACAACACCGAGUGGGCUCUCGGAGUGGUGUACGACAGUGUGCAACGGAAGGAGUGGUUCCCACCCAGUCCUGAACAUGGCAUGUGGACCAUGUGCCUGCAUGGAGGUCACUAUCGGGCACCAAACUCUACAAGUGAGCCGAUCCAAGUUAAGAAGAAACCACAAAGAGUGCGAGUUCAGCUGGACUGGGAUGUGGGGAGGGUCACGUUCUCAGAUGCUUCAGAUAACACGUUAAUCUACAGGUUUAAAGCUAAGUUCAGUGAGAAAGUCUAUCCGUAUUUCUCUAAUACAUGUAAAAGGCAUCCGCUAAGCAUCUUUGCUGAGAAAGUGUCUGUGUACACAGAAUAGUUCAGGACAUACUUAAAGGAGCAGAAUGUAUUGAAGCCAGAAAUAACCUUAAAUAGGUGUGUAAUGCUACAUCCUACUGUACAUGGUGUGUUCUCGAGUUAUUGUCAUAGUGAUACAGUUUAUAGUCACAACAAGGUACAAGCUGUAUUUCUACUAAUUAUAUACUACUAUUAUUUUUUCAAUAAUGCAUCAUGUUGUUGUCAGCACGACAGCAUAUGUAGUGACUCUCCUCCUUUAAAUACAGAACAUCACCUCUCUUUAGAAAAAAAAUCAAGACAAUCUGGUAUUGAUGCUGGGUAUCAUGUAUGAGGAGUGAGCAAUAUUAAUAUGGUUAGCAUGAUAAAUUACAUCAUGAUGCACCGUUCAGAGAUGGUUUGUUUAUUAUUAUAUUCAGGAAAUACUACAAUAAAAUGAAAACUGAAAUGUGUUAGAUAAAAAAAUAGCUUUAUCUAGACUUAACCCUACCUAAACUGAAAUACAGUAAUGAGACAUGCACUUUCUUGAUAGAACAAAUUUUAGAAAUUGUGCAAUACAAUAGGGAAAUAUAUUGUAUGUUUAGGUCUUUAUACUAUA